AAAAGAAAUUGGAAUAAGAAAUACUAAGCAAGGCUGCAAAGGAAGCCAUAGUGAACCUCAGGACUGUCGCUGAGAGUUGCACCGAACACAGAGAGCAAUGACAGUCAAUGCAGUCUGAGGUGAGGGGAGGUGAGGUGGGUAGAAAAGAAAGCACGCCCGAGUGCCUUAACUCACCGACACUGUUUCACGUGAGCUUAAGCUCAUUGAUACACCCCAUCAUGUUCAUUCCUUUUCUCUCAUGCAUCGAAAGGUGAAGGUCGUCUUCACCAUAUUUGUUCCUCCUGGUAUCUCUUUGAGCUCCGACCAGCUUAGCAUGGGUAGUAUUCGGUAAUGGAUUAGCUCGUUUUACAACCCGCCAGCCAGCCCGCGAUCCAUCAGGCAUUGAUCCAUCCAGCGAGCUCAUCCAGACAGCCAUUGGGGAGGGCCUUGACAGACUGAAUUUUCUUUCCACAACAGAUCUUAUUCAAGACCAACGCGUGUGCAAAUACGUCACAGCGCCAGCUGCAUGAAACGAGGCGCGUGCCGUAUAUUCUGUUCCGUCCGGAGCCACAAUCUGAUCUGGAGAAAGACGAAGAGACGGGAAAGAAAGCCAGCAAAAAGAUUACCGAGGCACUCUAGAUACAGCAGCCGCAGCAGGAACAGUCUUACGUCGGCUGCCUACAUGCCUCGGACCCACUGGCGUAGGUGUGGUCCAUCGGCAAGUCCCGCCAGGUCCCACGACACUAUCUCGCAAGCCAGCCCUCUCCCACUUGUCGGCGCGGGCAGGCCUCCACCUGGUCAUCAUUGACACUGAGUAUCAGCAAUGCCCGUCCUAUGCAUAAGCAUUCCCUCCCUCCCUGCCUCACUCUCUCGUCCUCCCCCUCCCUUUCCCUCUUGAGCCUUCUUCAGCCCAAAAGCCAUCGUCGUGCUCGUCUCUCCCUCCUGUACGAGUGGAUCUGGCUGUGUAUGCGUCCAGCGAUCAGUCUUUCUUGCCACAACUUUCUGCUCUCAUGGCCCGGCUACACCCUGCCAUAAGUCUCUGUCCCUGUCUCUCUUCUUUCUUUGAGGAGGCGGGCAGCUCCGGAUAUAUGAAAUAAUUAUGCGCAUUUGAAAGGCAGCACCGGGUCGAGCGGGAUUUGUUGGCCAGGAAACGAACGUGCAUGAUUUUUGUUGGGUCAUCGUUAGGCUGGCGACGUGAUUUUCUUGAUGUCCUUUUGUAAGAAUGGGUUUCCUGUCUUUUUCAUGUGGGCACUUCCAUCUUUCGCCUGUCUUUCUUGCUCUGUCGACUCCAAAUUUCCAGGAAACUGCGGCUCAAUUCUCGGACGAGAAGAGUGAGCAGUCGCAGCACGCAAUGUCAUGAGCAACCACGCUCGCUGAUAGUACAUUGCCGAGCUCUGAAAGGGGAGGUAGAAGGGAGACGAGAGAAGAGAGUUAAACGAAAUGUGGGCAACCCAUUUCGAGCAAUCUUAGUAUUCUUGCAUGUUGCAUGCUGCUAGUGCUGGGCCACGAGCGAGAAUCAUAACGCAUUUUCGGAUCUCGCGCUAGUGUGUCUGAAUAAUACGCGAAUGAUGCGAGCAAAUAACGGACGUCCGUGACAUUGCCGCCGCCGCCCGCCGUUGCCAAUGUUGCAUGCAGAGAGAGCUCGAGCGCAGGCGGAGGAGCUAUCGAGGAAGAGGAGGCCCCUGCUCGAAUCAUCACACACACUCUCUCUCUAGAUAGAGCUCAAAUGCCCGCCCGACAACAGCAACGCUCGCUGCUCCUCCGGAGAGAAUGGCGCUAGUCUCCAAUCGAGCCUGUGACGCCUCAACACCAGCAACACCAGCAGCCUCUCCCGGCCAUCGACAUCUCGCCCUCAGAAGCUCGCUCACUCGCCCGCGCAACGGAGUCGAAGCUGCGAUCGACGCUUCGCACGGAGGGAGGCGGCGAUGGAUCCGGAGCUCUGGCGGCACUUGCCGGAGGAGCUGGUGCAGCGGAUUCUGGCGCGGCUGCCGUGGUGGAGCAACAUGCAGCUGAGGUCGGUGAGCCGCGCCUGGAGGACGCUGCUGGCGGACUGCGAGUUCUUGCGGCGCUCGGAGCCGCCGGUGGGCGGCCGGCGGCCGUGCUGGAUCUGCCGAUCGCGCGACGCCUCCUACACGCUGCGCAACUGGAGCAUGACCCGGAGCCUGCCGCUGGCCGGGCUGCUGUCCACGGACCCGCAAUUCCGCCUGGAGGCGGCCACGGCCGGGCUGCUGCUCAUGGCGCACCACUCGCAGCCGUUGGGCCGCCUAAGCUUCCUCGUCAACCCGCUGAACGGGACGCGGCGCGACAUCCCGCCCCUGCCCUUGCUCAAGGACCCGUCGCUGUGCUACAGCCUGGGCAUGGUCGCGGACCGGAGCUCGCGCAGUCACAAAAUCAUCGUCGUGCACAGCGAGCUCGUCAACUGCCCCGGCGCCCCGGCGCAGGAGGAGAUCUUCGUCUACGACUCGCGCGCCGACCGCUGGGACAUGGUCCACUGCAUGCAGCGCCAGUGCGACGACUACCGCGGCCUGCGGAGCGCCGUGUUCGUCAACGGCCAGCUCUACAUCCUCACGGUCAUGAACUCCGAGGACGGCUGGAUUUACCGGCUCUUCCUGGUGCUGCCGUCGCGAUGGGACGAGGUGCCGGCGCGGAUCUGCAUCCAGACGCUGUCGAACGUGCAUAUGUUCGAGCACGGCGGCCGCCUGAUGCUGGUGGGCGAGACCAAGACGGGCGGCCGCGCGGCCGCCGUGCGCAUCUGGAGGCUGGGGCCGAGCAUGACCAAGUGGCACGAGGCCUUCGUCAUGCCCGACCACCUGCUGCUGCAGCUCCACGUCCCGCGCCGUGGCGUGCGCUUCAAGGUCCACGUCGAGGGCCACUUCGCCUGCUUCCGCGGUCGCGUCGUGGUCGUCUGCGACAUGCUCCAGGGCUCCUGGGCCUCGUCCUCCUUCGACUGCUUCCGGUCUGUCGACGAGUCCGAGUUCCUCCUCGAGCCGCGCCUCGACGUCGUCCUCUGAGUCCUUUCCCGCCCCUUGUAAAUACCACGAAUUCUGCCCCUUCCUCGCGCUUCUUCCGUCCGCGAUUCCGAUCCAGCGAUGGCGAGCAGGCCGAGCGUCGAUGUUUGUGUUUCACGGAUAUGCCAGGUCUGCAUGUAUUUUACGAGUGGAUUCAACCAAUGCAUUCAGGCUCGUCUCCUCGAGGGCGUGUUCAGAUUGUGCUCUGGUUGGUGAUUGUAGGCUCGCCUCGCGCGCUGGGGAUGAGCUUCGAGCAAGGAUGUACCAGAUGGAUUGGUGUGCUCCUAAAAUUCGCGUGGAACCCGAUGAAACCGACGCGGUGUGGGUGCCCAUGGAUUAUCUGAUUCUCGGUCGGUGAGGACCGACGGUAAGGAGGCCUGGAAAUGUUCGAAAGAUUAGAGGCUGCUCGUCUUACGAGUCAUUUCGUUGUGCACGAUAGAGUGUGAGUGAGGAGGGGAGAAUCAGGCCGCAGCUUCUACGUUUACGCAGAGCUGACACCGGUAGGUGUCAGUGACGAGCUCCUCUAGCUGUAAGUGAGCGCUGGGAUGUGCUCUCUGUGAAGCCAACGUCGAGGACCAGGUUGUGUUGAGAUGGAGGACGUUUAUGGAGAUCACAACGUUGCGAUCCUGAGAGCUGGCGAUCUGAGUGUCCUGUCACUGACAUGUCGUUCGCUGUUUUACAGAUGGGGGCAAUUCCUUCUUGGGAAUAUGAGUCUCUCCAACCGGAUGUGAAUGCAUUGCUACUAAUCGUCAGUCCAGGCCACUGAUGAGCGUACCUCAGAAUUAAUUAUGGAUUAUUCCAGUUAAUGAGAGCCAGUCUUGCACUAGUAUCAGUAUUCUAUGGAAACUGCGAUCGAAUAAAUUAUGGAUUAUUCCAGUUCAUGAGAGCCAGUCUUGCACUAGUAUCAGUAUUAUAUCGAAACUGCGACCAUUAUUUGGCAGCUCUGUACGGGGCUUCAUAUAAGAUUGACGUGUCAAGAAUGCUGCUUGAGAAGCAUCUCAGUACGAGGCUUUGCAAUAUAUGUUGUGUAAGAUUACCUGUCUCCCCUCCAUCAAAGGACGAUAUCAAACCAAAACGGUCGAAGAAGCAUCUAAAGCAUGACCUUGUACAGUAGCAGGUCCGAAAAAUCUGCAUUAUGUGCUUGAUGAGUGGACAUGCUUUGAAUCACGUGGCCAUUGGGAUCUACUGCUACUGGCCUGGACCAGGAUUUCGUCUCGUUUUUUUUCCAGUUAAACAUCUGAAGCCUCCAAACCUGAAUUUCGUCAUCAUCGCGACGUGGACUGGAAUACUCGAGUAAGCGAGUGGUUGCCGUAUUGCCCAUGCAUCCAUCCCCUCAACUACAAAUAUUACUUGAAGUCAAUUGUAGGUCGUUAGGAAUUGACGCCUCCUUACACUAAGGCGUCUACUGCGGAAUUUCGUAUCAAUGUGGUGGUAAAAUAUCUGAUUCCC